AUGUUCUCGGGAGAUGACUCUUUCACUUGGGCAGGCAGCACGUCGACUGUUGUUGGUGUUGGUGUUGGUGUUAGCAAGGAAAAGGAAAGUGACAGAAUGACAGUAUCCGCAGAGAUGGACCAGCACAGUACCUUGUGUACUGCCCCAGUUGACCAUCGGUCGGAUAUAUCUCGCCGUAAGACAAAAAAGCACAUGAAGUAUUGGUUCGGCUGUGGCUGGAAGAGACUUGGCGUGGAGGUCACAGUGCUGGACUUCAUCUUCUUCACCCCUUCGGGGAUAUGCAAUUGCUGCAAUGGAACCGGGCCCAAAAGCGGAGGACUUUUGAUAGAGAUUGGUUUCUUUUGUCUACCUGGGAUCUAUCAAGCCAAGCGCAGUGCCGAUUUGCAUCUGCUGCGUGCACGGUUCUCAUCACAGCGAGAUGUGCCUUCCUCAGAACCUCACGUCCAUCAAGCUGACAACAUCAGAAAACAUUUGGAUAUCUCAACUGAUAUCAAUGCAUCCAGCACCUCCCCGGGAAUUAGCUUGGGCUUCAAGCUUCCCAACCCUUGGCCUGACACCGCAGCAUGUAUCCCAUCCAACAUCUCGACCACGGCGAUCUUUCCUUCAACUGGACUGACCAAAAGCCCUACGAGCUUCGAAGCGCCGAGUCCUCGACAAGAAAAGCCAAGAUGAGUUAACCUUUUCGUGCCCUUGCCUGCCGUACCCGCCACAUGGGUUUCCCCGAAGAGGAACCUGAUCGACGACCUCGAGCUGUUCGGGUGCCCAGCUCACCCAGUUCUGGACGGAGACCGGAGUGCAGUCCGCAAGGGCGCGGGACUGGAGUCUGUGGACUGGAGAGAGUCCAAUCCUAUCCAGCAGCCAAGAGAUAUCUGCCAACCGUGCAGCAACAUACUAUGCAUAUACUGCACUGCAGGAAGUGCAGUUUUAGACAGGAGCUGUGAGCUGCGGGCAAGAAAGCUGUUGGAUCGCUUCUCCAAGGUCUGCAGAUACGAUUUUCUUGCAUACAAGACC